GCGCCCCUUUAAAAAAAAGCUUGCAGGAAGAAAGAGAGAGAGCGAGCUGGUUCGCAGAAUCACAGCUCCCGACACUGGAGCUGCGACAAGAUCCUUGCUUUGAUUAAAUUGACUCUAAUUCAAUUAGUUACUGUUACGGGCCGAAAAGAGUGAAAACAAGAUAAUAAAAGAUGGCAGGCGCAAUUAUAGAAAAUAUGAGCACGAAGAAGCUGUGCAUUGUUGGAGGGAUUUUGCUGGUUUUCCAAGUAAUUUCCUUUCUGGUAGGAGGUUUGAUCGCUCCCCGUCCUACUAACGGAGUUGAAUUCCUUGCAACGAAAUGUGUGGAUGUCAGGAAACAUCAUCAGAAGUCCAGAUGGUUCAUGCCGUGGGGUCCCAACCAAUGUGAAAAGAAAAUCCAGGAGUUCACUGAAGCUAUGAAACAACAGAUUGAAGCCAAUGAUAUUGUGUUUGCGGUGCAUAUCCCACAUCAAAGCUGGGAGAUGAGCUCCUGGUUUCAGUUCCUGUUGGUGGUUUUGCAAUUUGAGAUUGAAUUUCAAAUAGACAACGAAAUAGCUGACGACGCUGUGGUUACGUUGAAUGUUUCGCUAGGCUAUCGUGAUGACCGUAUCAGUGAGUGGACUGAGAUGGCCCAUUCGAUUGAGAAACGGAAGCUAGAUUGCAACUUCUCAUCUCCAAAAAAUCAUGACAAUCAGGGGCAGCUGUAUGACUGUAACCUGCUACCCUUCAUGGAAUUGGGGAGCGUUGCGCACAAGUAUUACCUGAUUAACAUUCGACUUCCCGUUAAUGAGAAGAAGAACAUCAACAUGAAAAUUGGAAAACUCAAGAAUGUUCGGCUGGUGUCAAUUCAUCAGAAUGGGGGAUUCACAAGGGUCUGGUUUGCAAUGAAAACUUUCCUGACUCCUAGUAUUCUCAUCAUUAUGGUCUGGUAUUGGAGACGAAUUACAAUGAUGACUCGCCCACCUGUCCUCCUGGAGAAAGUAAUUUUUGCACUUGGAAUCUCAAUGACCUUUAUAAAUAUCCCAGUGGAAUGGUUUUCCAUCGGAUUUGACUGGACGUGGAUGCUGCUCUUCGGAGACAUCCGACAGGGCAUUUUCUAUGCCAUGUUGCUGUCAUUUUGGAUUAUCUUCUGUGGGGAGCAUCUCAUGGACCAGAAUGAAAGGAAUCGACUAUCUGUUUACCUGAAGCAGAUUGUGCCGAUUGGCUUUGGUUCUUUCUGUCUCUUCAUUUUUGAUCUAUGUGAGAGGGGUGUGCAGCUGACAAACCCUUUCUACAGUAUUUGGGCCACUGAUGUCGGCACAGAAUUGGCUAUGGCCUUUAUCAUAGUUGCAGGCAUCUGCGCAUGUCUGUAUUUCUUUUUUCUCUGCUUCAUGGUAUUCCAGGUCUUCCGAAAUAUAAGCGGCAAAAGAUGUUCGCUGCCAGCCAUGUCCAAAGCAAGGAGACUGCACUAUGAGGGGUUAAUAUUUCGGUUCAAGUUCCUGAUGCUUGUCACGCUGACCUGUGCAGCCAUGACCAUUGUGUUCUUCAUUAUAAGUCAGGUGAAUGAUGGGCACUGGAGGUGGGGAGAUUACAGCAUCCAGGUGAACAGUGCUUUCUUCACUGGCAUUUAUGGCAUGUGGAACCUGUACGUCUUUGCCAUCAUGUUUCUCUAUGCUCCUUCCCAUAAGUGUUAUAGUGAUGCUGAUCAAUCAAAUGGUGACCUGGGAGUGAAUGGCGGUGAGGAACUGCAGCUGACUACCACAAUCACCCAUGCUGGUGGACCAACUGAAAUUUACAGACUAGCUGGUAAGGAGGCGCAGGAGUAAUGGUGGGACUGGAAUUGGGAGAAGUCAAACCAGCAACUAAGUCCAACCAUGCAAUUCCCCGGUGGAAGAGGGGAGGUAUAAAUCUGCUGUGUCAUAUGUGAACUGAAGUCAUGUUUUAGGAAUUUAGGCCUGUUUUAAUUCCUGUUGCUGGUUAGAGAGAACUCCUGCUUCCAAUAAUUUUGCUCCAAUUUGUAUAAUCUGUGGAAGAUUCCAGAACUGUGCCUUUUCUACAAUGGGACGAUACUCCUUUUUUUCUGAAAGCAGUCGUGUGCACAUUUGCUUGUCAAAACAAAGUACCAUCAUUGUAGUUUCUAUCUUUUCAGAGCAUUAACUUCUGUGACUUUAUUGUAGUGUUACGACUGUAUGUGAGCAGAAACUUUAGUUGCUCAAGGGAUUGCCAGAUUGUGUGAGGGGUUAAGAAAGAACUGAAAUUAUAUAGCAUCUUAAGUCCUCGGGAUGCCCCAAAGUGCUUUGCAUCUAGUGACCUACUUUGAUGUAACAUAUUUAGUUCUAGAUUUUACAAUAAAAGCAUACUUGCAGACUCUGCUCUUGAUGGAGACCAGCAUUACUGUCAUAUAGUAAUCCAUUUAAAUAUAACAUUGCUCAAAGUAUUAGCUGUGUACUCGAACAUUUAUUUUAGAUCAUUCUAAAAGCUCAAGUCCUCUGAAAGUGGAAGAGAAAUAUGAAGAAAACCUGAAUAGCUUGCUUAAUUUGAGAUCCUUCCAUUGUGUAGAAAGGUUACAUUGUGUACAGGCAGACUGUAACCUUAAACCAGUUGUAUACAUUAUGUAUUUGGGUAAUCCACAUAAGAUAACAACUUUGCCUGGAAGAUCUCCAUAUACUUGAGGGUUUUGUGUAUAUACAUCAUGUGGGCUUCCAUUCACAGCUGGUUUGAUCUUCAGUGCACAUCUUGUGGAUUGAAAUUAAGGAAAAUUAUUAUAACAUUAAGCAAAUUUAAUUUUUCACUUAAGACCAGUGAGUGGGGAAGGGGUACGAAGUAAAAAACAGUAAGGCUUUCCUCUAGUCUCUAGAGGAACUCUUGAAAUUAUCAAUAUGUACAUCUGGUACUAUUCAUUUCUCGCCUGAUGUUGCUGCAAUAUAUUAACCCAGUUAGUGAGCAACACCCAAUAACUAUCCUGAAUGCAGUUCCUGGGCACAAUUGUCCAUGCAAAGGUCACUACAUAAUCGUCAGAUUCAGUAAUUGUGACAACUUAAUAUUCCUUGCAACUCCCUUCCCUUGUGUGGGUCAGCACUCCACCAUCCUGCGAGUCACUUAAAAGCUGUGUUUGAUACUUAUCUCACCUAGUUACAAUCUGGCAUCAGUUUCGAGGUGUCAAGUAGGACUUCUGACAUUGGCAUGCAUUGGUAAAGGCAUUCAAAACACAAAUCUGAGAGUUAUUGCAGGCAUACAUUACAUUAAGAAUAGAUUGCACAACACAUUUCAGAAGAAAAUAAUUCUUAUAAUGGCCCAUUUUAUUUUGAAAUAAAAGGGAUGUUGCAUGUCUUUUGACACAAACACUAGGGUAAAAACCGUACUCUUUCAAUGGUGUAGAUAAUUUAUGAUAUAACUGUGUAGAAUGAAUCCAUUUUAGGUGUUGAAAGGAUUUAUUUUAACUAUGAAGUAGAUUGCUUGUAUGCUAAUUUUAAAUAAAGUUUGUAUAGUGUGA